UCAUCUUCACUUGUGCUUGAGAUGCUCAAGGCCUUUAAAGAACACUAGAGAAUUUUAUUUUAACCAAAAACAAUGGGCUGCGUUCAGAGCUUCAGGGAAAUGUGCGACCGAACAAAAAACACAAACGUCCGUCUGAGUCUUCCAGCGGUUUGCUUCGUUUGGCAAACAGCCAUGAUCAUCUUGUUUGGGGUGUUUGUUCGUUACAACAAGGAAUCAGAUCCACACUGGAUAGAGGAGAGGAAAAUUAACAAUAUAUCAAGUGACAUUGAGAAUGACUUCUACUUCAGAUAUCCAAGUUUCCAGGAUGUCCAUGUGAUGAUCUUUGUUGGAUUUGGCUUCCUAAUGACAUUUCUGAAGCGGUACAGUUUCGGUGCCGUGGGUUUCAAUUUCCUUAUUGCAGCUUUUGGCCUCCAGUGGGCGCUGCUAAUGCAAGGCUGGUUCCACUCCCUUGACGAUGAUGGAAAGAUCAGAAUAGGAAUUGAAAACCUGAUCAAUGCUGACUUCUGUGUGGCAGGCUGUUUGAUCGCCUAUGGCGCAGUGCUCGGUAAAGUCAGUCCAGUCCAGCUAAUGGUUCUUACUCUGUUUGGGAUCACGUUGUUCGCUGUGGAGGAGUAUAUCAUUAUUGAUCUCAUUCAUGCCAGAGAUGCCGGAGGAUCUAUGGUGAUCCACACAUUUGGAGCUUAUUAUGGUCUUGCCAUCUCGUGGAUGCUGUAUCGACCAAACCUGGAGCAGAGCAGUCGUCUGCAGGUCUCUGUGUACCACUCAGAUGUUUUUGCUAUGAUUGGCACCCUCUUCCUGUGGAUGUUCUGGCCCAGUUUCAACUCAGCCAUCGCAGACCACGGCGAUGGGCAGCACAGAGCAGCCAUAAACACUUACCUCUCUUUGGCUUCAACUGUGCUCACCACUGUGGCCAUCUCCAGCCUGGUUCAGAAGCACGGGAAACUAGACAUGGUUCAUAUCCAGAACUCCACUCUUGCUGGAGGUGUUGCAGUAGGAACUGCAGCAGAGUUCAUGCUAAUGCCCUACGGGUCUCUGAUCGUAGGAUUCUGCUGUGGCAUCAUCUCCACACUCGGCUAUAUCUACCUCUCACCAUUCAUGGAGAAGUAUUUAAAGAUCCAGGACACAUGUGGGAUCCAUAACCUGCAUGCCAUACCCGGUGUCAUAGGUGGCAUUGUGGGGGCCAUUACUGCUGCAGCUGCAUCUGCAUCAGUUUAUGGAAAAGAAGGGCUGAGAAACACCUUUGACUUCGAGGGUGAUUUCGAAAGCACGGUUCCCUCUCGGCAGGGGGGUCUACAGGCUGCAGCACUCUGUGUGGCAAUCUGCUUCGGCGUAGGUGGAGGCAUCAUUGUCGGUUGUAUUUUAAGAUUACCUAUCUGGCGAGAUCCUGCAGAUGACAAUUGUUUUGAUGAUGAGUCCUACUGGGAGCUUCCUGACGAUGAAGAGAGUGAACCACCAGUCCUUCAUUACAACAACCACAUGCUGAACCAAGAAAUAGCUCAGUCCAAUUUCAACAUGGAUCAGAAGUGACACCAGGCCUUCAUCCUGAGCGGCCUGCAUCACUCAUGGCCCAUUACUUAUUUCUUCUCUGCUGCUGGACAGAAUUAUUCACGUGUUGUAAUUAUUAUUUUCACCCAAUAACUAAGCUGUUAUUUAAUUACAGUUCAUGUCUUAAAAUGGGUUAGUUGGCCUUUAAUUAGGUCCCAAAAUCUAAUUCUAUUUUUCUUUUACCUGAAAGAAUCAAUUGAUAUUAACAUCAAAAAUUCUAUAAAACAUAAAAUGCAAUAAUCCAGAUACUAGUAUAAUUAUUUCCCUAAUUUCAAAAAUGAGAAGAUGGUAAACGUAACUAAUUUUUUUCCUUUAAAAAUAGAUGAAUAUGUCUUAACAACACCUUUUUUUGAAAGACAAAAACAUUUCAGCAUGUUUGAUCCAAAUUAUUGAAAACCAUGUAAAACAAUGUGUUUGUAUAGUUUGUUGUACAUCCUAAGUUGCACUUUAGGGACUUUCUGCAGGGGCUUUCACAUCUUAGUUUUUCCUUGUUUUGGAUGUUUUUUUCCCCUAUCUGUUUGAUGUAUCAGACUGCCAGUUAAAUAUGAAAAGAAAAGUUGGAUUUUAAUGCUGUGGAUUUCAUUUCUUUGUUGAUAUUAUGUAAAAUUUCUACGUCUUUGUUGUUGUUUUUUGGCUUGUUUGUACCUGUCCUUGUAGUGCCAAUAGAUGCUUUAAAACAAAAUGAUUUUGUUUGUCUUCAUGUACAACUUUUACACUGAGAUGUAUUAUGUUGCUGAUUUUGGACCGGUAAAUUCAAACCGAUGUUUGUUUCAAGUUAAGUUUGCCAUGUAAACAUAUUUAACACUUUUGACUUCAACCUCAUACUACAUUCAUUAAUAUUUAUCAAACAGUAUAAUGUAGGUGUAUGCACAAAAAGUACAAAAAGGGAUUUUUAAAAAAUGAUUCCCACAUGCUCACAACUACUUCAUAGUGUUUAAUAUAACCCAUUAAUGAAAGGUUUAUGUACUGCUAGAGGAGGUAAGGUCAGGCGUGAAUCCUUUUUUUUUUUUUAAGCGAACAAUGAACGAUUUUGUCAACACCUGACAUUUGUACAUUUAGAAAUUGUAAGCAUCGGUACACUUAUGUCAUGCUGGAAAUUUAAUUUCAAUUUUGAGAAUUCAAAAAGAGAAUUAAUAAACAGUUAUUUUGUCUUGUAA